AGGGCUGCUGGAGGAGGAGCUGGCGCGUUGUGACCCGCCUCGUCCCGUCCAGUCCAGCCUAGGCUCCGAGGGAACCGCUGUCCUAGCCGCCGCCACCCGAAUAGCCUGUCCCGGUGUCCCGUGUCCCGCCCCGCGUCCAGUCAUGACCCUGCGCCCCUCGUUACUCCCGCUCCAUCUGCUGCUGCUGCUGCUCAGUGGGGCGGUGUGCUGGGCUGAGGCUGGGUUCGAAACCGAAAGUCCUGUCCGGACCCUCCAAGUGGAGACCCUGGUGGAGCCCCCUGAACCUUGUGCGGAGGCCGCUGCCUUUGGAGACACGCUGCACAUACACUACACGGGCAGCUUGGUAGAUGGACGCAUUAUUGACACUUCCCUAACCAGAGACCCUCUGGUUAUAGAACUUGGCCAAAAGCAGGUGAUCCCAGGUCUGGAGCAGAGCCUUCUAGACAUGUGUGUGGGAGAGAAGCGAAGGGCAAUCAUUCCUUCUCACUUGGCCUAUGGAAAAAGGGGAUUUCCACCAUCUAUCCCAGCGGAUGCAGUGCUGCAGUUUGAUGUGGAGCUGAUUGCACUGAUCCGAGCCAACUACUGGCAAAAGCUGUUGAAGGGCAUUUUGCCUCUGGUAGGCAUGGCCAUGGUGCCAGCCCUCCUGGGCCUCAUUGGGUAUCACCUAUACAAAAAGGCCAGCAGACCUAAAGUCUCCAAAAAGAAGCUCAAGGAAGAGAAACGAAACAAGAGCAAAAAGAAAUAAUAAAUAAUUUUUAAAAUUUC